AUGCCAGCACGUAGGCAUCGCUCACUGUCAACCUCCAGUAGCUCGUCAUCAGACAGCGAUGACUCGAUGAUGAGUCAGUCACGCUCCACUUCGCCACCUACGACUUCGCCAAUGCACAAAGAACCGAAACGGAAGAAAUCCCUGCAAAAACGCGCGAGGGAAUCAUCGGAUAGCAACACCGACGCGAAAAAACCCAAAAAACGAACAAAGAAACAUAAAGACUCAGACUCAGGCAACAAACCCAAACAGAAAGGAAUGUCACUGCAAGAGCAAUGCUUACACAUUGCACAUUGGAUACCCCGAGGGGUAGACAUGUUUUGCAAACUUACUGAUGUCUUUUGGGUCGCACCUCUUGUCGAGCAGCGAGAAGCAGCUGAAAAAGCGGACCAUAUCGAGGACGAACAAGUUAAGAGUGACCGUGAAGCAAUAUUGAAGAACAUCUCCAAGGAUGAAGAGGCACGAAUGAUGCGAACCUACAAGAAGAUAACCACGGCUGCCCCAUACCUACUAACGCUGGUCAAUGGUAACAAGAAGAAGCGGCGAGAACUUGAGGGACUUCUCACUGAGAUGCAAAUGAUUAUCGGACAAGUUCGUUCGGAGGAUGCUAGCCAUCUGAAACCUGUCAUUGGACAGUAUGCAGCAUAUGACCCUGACGACAAAGAUCUGGAUCCUCCCAUUCGUGCUAAUAAUCAACGGUCACACGCAAAGAUGGGUAUUAAUCACCCGCAGCUCGCCAGGAUGCUCUGCCCUGUGAAGCACUUGGGUGAAUAUUUGAAAGAUCCUAUAGCAACACGCCAAAAGUUGGAAAAUGGAGAUAUCAAGAUGCGCGCAUUGGUCUGGCCGGCCAUGGUAUACUCUGGUAAGAUCGCUGGGGAACAUUUCAACCCUCAGCUGGUGCAGAACGGGCUAUUUGAAGGAUACCUUCUCGAGCAAGUGAUGAGGCAUCUCUUCACAGGACCGUCCUCCGCUCUUUGCACAGACAGUGAAUCUGUUGGGACGCGUCCAUGUAAUGCACGUCUCCAUAAUAUGAUGGAGGUAGAAGCAGAGAAUAUUGCAUAUGGUGUGAUUCAGAGCCGUUUCACCAUCGGUUCACGCGACAAGUGGAAGGAAGAAGACGGCACUUACAAUUACCGAGAUGCAUACUAUCGGAUCAUUUCGACAAUCCGUGACGCCCCAGACCCUAGUUGGGCAAAGGCACUGCACGAACAUUGGAACCUCAAAUUGUUCAAAAACAAACUUGGGCUUCGCGCCUCAUCUUCCACGAACACCACCGAUGACGAUGACGAUGACGACUUCGCUCUAAUGCGAAAGCAGUAUGAGCAGAGGCUUGCAGACGAAGCCACUGCGCAGAUGGUUUCUUCAGAUUCUGGUCCCGGUGGAGAGGAGCUGCCUACUCCACCAAAGAGUCCAUCUGUUCCUGUCACUGCAUCUGACGGCGCUAAAUCUAGCACGAGUCUGCCACCCGAGAUUCCACCUCCCAGCCCAGAUCCAAAGCCUCAGGAAUCUGCAACAUCCGAAAAGCCCGAGGAGCAGGUAGUAUCUGCUAAGGAACCAGCCGUUAAUGAUUUCAGUGAUCUUAGUGAGCCUGACAAACUCGACAAAGAACCCCAGCCACCAAAGUCCAAAGCCAAGAGGGGCCGUAUUUGUAAGGCUGUUGUACAGUCACCGUUACCAGCACCAAAGAAGGCCAGGACGAGCUGCAAGAAGAAAUGA